GGCUCCUUGUGUGAUAUCAAAUCCACCCGUUGUGUUGAACGAAUCAUCUAUUGGCUUGAUUGGGUUGAUGUCACCGGCAUUAUCAUGAUCGUGUUCUUCCUUCAUCGCCUCAGCCGUCCGCAGAAUCAGACGACCUUCUUCCGAGAUAGAAUCAUGUUGUAAACAUUUUUGGCCAUAGAAAAUUGCUUUCUCCACAUCACGUUGUUCGAGAUAGUGUUUUGCAAGGAACUGUACAGAGUAGACCACAUUCUCGUCAGUAUCCUCUAUGUCUUGAUACUCCCUCAGAUAUUCCUCAUAGGACCUUGCAGCACGUUGCAUUUGGUUCUCAGACUCAUACAACUUGGCUAGCAUCCAAAGCGCCGUGCCUUCCACAUCACCGUAUUUGAAAGCUGAGAUGAAGCACUUCUCGGCGUUACGCAGUCGACCCAUUUUCUGGUACACAUCCCCGAGUGCGACCAGCAUGCGGGAGUCUUGAGGUUUGCACAAAUGAGCCUGUUGGUAGUAGAACAAUGAGUAAGUAGGCAUUUUAAUAAUAUCAUACAUCUGACCAAGACCGUACCAGCCACGGUAAUCCUGUGGAUCUACCUCGAUGGCCCUUCUGUACGACAUACAAGCUGCGGCAUUGUUCUUCAGCUCCAUGAAUUCAUGACCUACUAGGACCCAAAUUGACGCAACACCAGGAUUCAAUCGAAGAGCGCGCUGGAAAAACCGAAUCGCUUGUUCGUUUUCGCGUCGAAGACCAUAAUAAUUACCUACGAUACAACAUGUUUCAAAGCAAUACUUGUGUGUUUCGAAAAAUGAAUGAGCGAGAUCACAGAGUUGCACGCGAUCACCACGAAUAUAUAA